CCUAGGUGGGUUGGUUUUUCUAAGCGGUCACGUUGCGUUGCGGCAUUGAAACAGGAGGCUGUCGACAGUAGGGCAUCUUUUGCAUCACUCUUCUAAACAGGUUGCUUUGAACCGCAGACAUGACGCACCAGUACCCCGCACUCACAGCUGAGCAGAAGAAGGAGCUCCAGGACAUCGCUCAGCGUAUCGUAGCUCCUGGGAAGGGCAUCCUCGCUGCAGAUGAGUCCACAGGUAGUAUGGCAAAGCGCCUGAACCCCAUUGGCGUCGAGAACAGAGAGGAAAACCGCCGUCUGUACCGCCAGAUCCUUUUCACUGCUGACGAGCGCAUAGACAAGUGCAUUGGUGGUGUCAUCUUCUUCCACGAGACCCUUUACCAGAAAGCUGAUGAUGGCACACCCUUUGCCAAAAUGAUCAAGGACAGGGGCAUUGUUGUGGGAAUCAAGGUUGACAAAGGUGUCGUCCCUCUGGCAGGAACAAAUGGAGAGACCACCACACAGGGGCUUGAUGGCCUGUCAGAACGCUGUGCUCAGUAUAAGAAAGACGGUGCUGACUUUGCCAAGUGGAGGUCUGUGCUGAAGAUCAGCGAGACCACUCCUUCAGAGUUAGCCAUCAUGGAGAACGCUAACGUCCUGGCUCGCUACGCCAGCAUCUGCCAGCAGAAUGGGAUUGUGCCCAUUGUUGAGCCAGAGAUUCUACCUGAUGGUGACCACGACUUGAAACGCUGCCAGUAUGUUACAGAGAAGGUCCUUGCUGCCUGCUACAAGGCCCUGUCUGACCAUCACGUCUAUCUGGAGGGAACUCUUCUGAAACCCAACAUGGUGACAGCUGGACACUCCUGCCCCACCAAAUUCUCCAAUGAGGAAAUUGCCAUGGCUACAGUGACAGCCUUGCGCCGUACCGUUCCCCCCGCAGUAACCGGUGUGACAUUCCUCUCUGGAGGUCAGAGUGAGGAGGAGGCGUCUAUCAACUUGAACGCCAUCAACAACUGCCCUCUGACAAAACCCUGGGCCCUCACCUUCUCCUAUGGACGUGCCCUGCAGGCCUCAGCCCUCAACGCCUGGCGCGGAGUCAAGGAAAAUGAGAAGGCCGCCACAGAGGAGUUCAUCAAGCGUGCUAAGGUUAAUGGAUUGGCUGCUCAAGGCAAGUACGUCUCCUCUGGAACCGGUGGAUCAGCGGGACAGUCCCUGUACGUGGCCAAUCAUGCCUACUGAACAUCCUGUAUCCCUUCGUUCCAGCUUCCGCCAGCCAAUAGUAUAGUGCACAGCUGCUACCCUUCCUGUCACCAACCAAUCACAGGCCUAUGCUGUCUUCUGUACUUUAGGGUUGUCAUUGCAGUGUCUCAUGUAUCUAUUUAAAAUGUAUUAAACUUUAAGAAUGGAGAGGAGAAAUAGAAAGGUACGCAGGAGAUUGUUUUAUUUUUUGAAAUAUUCAAAGCGUGGUUUCAUGCUACAAACAAGAAAACAGUAUUUUUUUGUGGCCCGUUUUAAAUGGAUGUAUAUGUAUAUCAGCCGUUCUGUUUUUAUCAUUCCAACAUAAGUCAUUCCAAUUCAGGCACCAGCCACUCAAGUUGACUUGUCACAUUCCUUGCAGUGCAGUAUGACCUCAUGAUGAUGUGUGGAUGAUGUGAAUACUAAGUUCAGAUCGGUGUAUGCCAGCAGGGGCGGUUUAUUAUAAUAGGGAAUGAAACCGAGUAAUAUAUUAUUGCUAGUUAUGAUUAACUCCACCAGACUCCGAGGAAUAUUAUUUUGUGUUGUGUUCACAUAUAAUAUUAAUGCAUUGUCUAGGCUGUGUGAUUACUGUCCAAGAAAUUUAAUAUAAAAUACUAACAAUAUUAGUUUGAAAAGGACCAUUAUUUUGAAAUUGUGUUGUGUUGUGUGCUUGAGUGUAUCAUGCUCUCCCUCUCCUCCCUGUAUUUGUGACACAGUGCUACAUGAAUAAUAACUAAUAUUGGUUGUAAACGGCGGAGCAGACCAAACUGGAGCUUUUGGGGAGGGGAGCACUCACCGCUCUGUUGACAAAAUGUGAUCUUGUGAUUUGAUGUUGUUCUCUAAGCACUUCGUGUGUCAGAUGGUAAAAACUAAAAUAAAAUACUGUAAAAUGCCAGA